CCCUCAGCGCCGUGGCCGCCACGGGCUCGGUUCCCGGCUCGGUGCCGGUGGCGGGGGCCGGUACCGCCGGCAGGGUCCCUGCCGCCGCCGCCAUGUUCGGCUGCCUGGAGCCGCUGGCGGGGCCGCGGCGGCUGCACGACGUCACCAACCGCGGCGGCUGCGGGCUGCGCAGGGCGGGCUGCGGGCUGCGCUGGGGGGGCCGCCCCGGGAGGGGGCCCUGGGGAGCCACCGGCCGCCCGGCGGAGCCGCAGGGGCGCAGCGCGGAGGAGAUGCUGCCCAGCUCGCCCUCGCCGCCGCCGCCGCCCCGCGUCUACAAACCCUGCUUCGUCUGCAGCGACAAGUCCUCGGGGUACCACUACGGCGUCAGCUCCUGCGAGGGCUGCAAGGGCUUCUUCCGGCGCAGCAUCCAGAAGAACAUGAGCUACAGCUGCCACCGCGACAGGAACUGCCACAUCAACAAGGUCACUCGCAACCGCUGCCAGUUCUGCCGCCUGCAGAAGUGCUUCGAGGUUGGGAUGUCCAAGGAAGCCGUCCGCAACGACAGGAACAAGAAGAAGAAGGAGGUGAAGGAGGAGGAGGUGGUGGAGAGCUACGAGCUGAGCCCCGAGCUGCAGGAGCUGGUGCAGAAGGUCAGCAGAGCUCACCAGGAGACCUUCCCCUCGCUGUGCCAGCUGGGCAAAUACACCACGAACUCCAGCGCGGACCACAGAGUGCAGCUGGACCUGGGCCUGUGGGACAAGUUCAGCGAAUUGGCCACCAAAUGCAUCAUCAAGAUCGUGGAGUUCGCCAAGCGCCUGCCAGGCUUCACCGCGCUCAGCAUCGCCGACCAGAUCACGCUGCUCAAGGCUGCCUGCCUCGACAUCCUGAUGCUGCGGAUCUGCACCCGCUACACGCCCGAGCAGGACACGAUGACCUUCUCAGACGGGCUGACGCUGAACCGCACCCAGAUGCACAACGCAGGCUUCGGGCCCCUCACCGACCUGGUGUUCGCCUUCGCCGGGCAGCUGCUGCCGUUGCAGAUGGACGACACCGAGACAGGGCUGCUGAGCGCCAUCUGCCUCAUCUGCGCCGACCGGCAGGACCUGGAGGAGCCGGAGAAGGUGGAGCAGCUGCAGGAGCCGCUGCUGGAGGCGCUGAAGGUGUACGCGCGGCGGCGCCGGCCCCGGCAGCCACACAUGUUCCCACGCAUGCUGAUGAAGAUCACAGACCUGAGGGGCAUCAGCACCAAAGGCGCGGAGCGGGCGCUGACGCUGAAGAUGGAGAUCCCGGGCCCGAUGCCGCCUCUGAUCCGCGAGAUGCUGGAGAACCCUGAGAUGUUCCAGGAGGAGGACGAGGAAGGGGGGGGGCAGCUCCCCCUCGAUGACCCCCCCGCGGCCCAGGACAGCCCCCCCGGACCGCCCCCCCUCCUCCCCGUGACCUCCCGUCCCUCCUCCAGCCUGCACCGGGGCUGAGGUCGGUGGGGGUGGGGGUGCGGGGGGGCAGCGGUGGCCUCGCAGCAGCCUCCUCCCUCCCCACCCCCUCCAAAUUCACAGCGCUGCCUUCUGCCCCACCCCCAGGUCACUCCGGGGGGGCCUCUCCCAGCCUCCCCCCUUUUUGUUUUUUCUGGGGGGGCUUCAGAAAGCAGACCCCAGAGCAGCUAUUGCCUUAACAUGGGGGAGGGGAGGGGCUCGGGGGCCCCCCCUAAAGACCUCAGCUUUAUGCCAAAAAUGCUCUCCCCCCUCCCCCCCGCACUAAUUCUGCUCCCCCACAACUUUAUAUGGGGGAGAACCAAAAGGGAGGACAAGGGACAGGAAUUGCCUCCCCCCCCCCAUAUUAAUGCCUGACACCCCCGGGGCGCCCCCCUCCUUUGCCUCCACUCACUGGGGGGGGGGGAAGGCAUCCAGGACCUUAUUUAUUAGAGGGAGGAUUCUGGGGGAGGCUCCUACAAUGUCCUUUUCUCUCCCCCCCUUUGGUUGCUUCUGAGGUGCAACAGGACUCCCCUCCCCUCCCUUCACGUUUUGGGGCUGGGGGGGGCUUUUUAUUUACUGAUUUGUUUUAUAUGUGGGGGGUGG